GGCGUGGCGCGCGAUAGAGAGAGAGAGGGGAUGCGCGCGCCACCGUUUGUUUCUCGCCGCAGCGCACGAGCGGAGCUUCAUCUGAGGAGCAACUGCGAACCGGGAGGAUCUCAAACUCAUACCAGGGAGAGAAAACAGCACCGGUACAACCAGUACAACAGCACCAGCAUCUCCAGCAUCAGCACCAGCAGCAGCUUCAGCGGCACUGCGCCGGGCUUCAGAUCCAGGGGACUUACAGGGAUGAACACAAAGUGAAGAAAUAGGACCAUAAAGAAUUCAGUACCUGCAAAGCGGAUGUAGAGGUGAGCUGCUCAUUUUCCGGCAUGUUCUCCAGAAGAUUGUGGAAGGUCAAGUGUGGAUGCAGCUGAUGCCUUGUCGAGGAAGCUAUACCAAAGCACUAAACCCCCCGACUGCUGAGGAUGUGGCUCAUUACACGUUGCUGGGAAAAAGCAAGGAAAUAGCUUCCGAGAGUUUGGAAAGUAUUUUUUGCUCGAGUGAAGAGUUUUAAUUACUUUUUUGCGGUACCUUUUGGAAGAGUUUAAAUGUGCGAAUGUUCAGUGAUAACAUGGAAGAGCACAAAUGAAAAAAAAAACUUAUUUUGGACAUGCUUCAUUUUACAAAUAAAUAUAGUACAAUAAUUAAACCAGCAAUAACGAAUUUGCUGUCUCCACCACUGUCCUUCACCAUAGCCUGAUUGGGUUUGCUGAAUGGGAUUCAACCUAAAAGGCGACUAAAGCUCUGAAUACUGCUUCUGUUUCAGCUUGGCUCUGUCGAUUUCCAAGCAUGUAUUCACCUCAUAUCACCUGGCCCAAGUCCACAGAGUUCCACAGAGGCUCUGUUGUAGACACACAAGCCUGUGGUCUUGUGAGCAGUAGACCAGAGUGAACCCAACAGCCUGGGUCUUCAGCACAACCCCUGCAACAACUUCCAGAAACUUCCUUUUGGCUGAAUUCCCCAGAAUAACAGAAUACUGCAUUGUGCAUUCACUACGAUCCAGACCAGACCCUCAAUAACUCACUGAGGAAACUCAUAAAUCUGCUGAGGAAAGGCAGCAAUCUUCACAUUUUGCGAAAUGUUGAAAGAUUAAUUGGAUUUCAAGCCUCUUCAAACAGAAAAAAAAACAAAAAAACGCCUUAUUAUUUGGAAGUUUAUCUUGACUUGCGUUAUGAACCUUCUCCACAUGUAGAAGGCAGAGUUAUCCCAAUAUGGUUGCCCACUGGAGAGGAAGGGCGUCGGCUCUGAUGGUGACUUUGGGGGUCCUGCACUGCUGGGGUUGGGGGUCCUGUCAUGUUGAAAGGACUAGUGAGAAAAGCACUGUGUCUCACGAACGAGUGAAGAGGGGCUGGGUGUGGAACCAGUUCUUUGUGGUGGAAGAGUACACAGGGACGGAGCCGCUCUACGUCGGAAAGAUCCAUUCAGACUCGGAUGAAGGGGACGGCUCCAUCAAGUACACCAUAUCCGGAGAGGGAGCAGGGACUAUAUUCAUCAUCGAUGAGGUGACAGGAGACAUCCACGCCACGGAGCGUCUGGACCGGGAGGAGAAAGCUUUCUACACGUUACGAGCUCAGGCUCGAGACCGGCAGACCGACGCCCCUCUCGAACCGGAGUCCGAGUUCGUCAUAAAGGUCCAGGACAUCAACGACAGCGAGCCCAAGUUCCUGGAAGGACCGUACAUCGGGAGUGUGGCUGAGCUGUCUCCAAUCGGAACUUCGGUAAUGAAAGUGAUGGCAUCGGACGCGGACGACCCGACCUACGGCAGCAGUGCCAGGAUAGUGUACAGCGUUCUGGAUGGAGAGAAGUUCUUCUCAGUUGACAGACAGACAGGAGUGAUUCGAACGGCGGUGGCUGAUCUCGAUCGGGAGACGCAGGACCGCUACGAGCUGGUCGUCAAGGCAACAGACAUGGCAGGCCAAAUGGGCGGUCUCUCUGGCUCCACCACGGUGACCAUAGUGAUCACGGACGUUAAUGACAACCCUCCACGCUUCCCUCAGAAGAUGUACCAGUUUUCCGUUUCGGAAGGGGCGUCCGUCGGAACGUCAGUCGGCCGGGUGGUUGCGACGGACGCGGACAUGGGCGAGAACACGGACAUGAGCUACCUGAUCAAAGACGAGGAAGGAGGAGAGCUGUUCAAAGUCUCCACUGAUGGAGACACCCAGGAGGCCGUCAUCACCAUCAAGAAGCCUCUUGACUUUGAGAAGAAGCGAACCCAUAACGUGGUGGUGGAGGCAGUUAAUAAACAUGUGGACCCCCGUUUUGUGGACCUGGGCUCGUUCCGGGAUCAAACCAUCGUCAGGGUCAGUGUUUCGGACACAGAUGAGCCCCCGAUAUUCUUCCCUCCCACUGGAACUAUUAUGGAAGUGCAGGAAGACGCCAAGCAGGGGGCUCUUGUGGGGAUUGUCACUGCCAAGGACCCAGAUAUGGAUAACGUACCUGUGAGAUACUCGAUAGACCGGAGCACAGACCAGGAACAGAUUUUCAACAUUGAUGCUGUGACUGGUGCCAUCACCCUGGGGAAGAUAUUGGACAGGGAAACGGCAGGUUGGCACAACAUCACAGUGACAGCCGUAGAAGCAGAUAACCAGUCCAUGGCUUCCCAGACAGCAGUUAGCAUCCGAAUUCUGGAUGUGAAUGACAACCCGCCUGAGCUGGCCACCCCUUAUGAAACUAAAAUCUGUGAGGAUGCUAAACCUGGCCAGCUUAUUCACACCAUCAGUGUGGUGGACCGGGAUGAACCUCAGUCUGGCCACCGCUUCUAUUUCACACUGGCGCCCGAAGCCUCCAACAACCGCCAUUUCGCACUGUGGGACGUCAAAGACAACACGGUGGGCAUUAGGACCCAGCGAUCGGGUUUUAACCGGCAGGAGCAGAACGUCUACCUGUUGCCGAUCCGGGUGGUGGACAGCGGACCCCCAGCACUGAGCAGCACCGGGACCUUCACUAUCCGCGUGUGCGGCUGCGACACUGUAGGAAACAUCCAGUCAUGCAACGCGACGGCGUUCGUCAUGUCCGCGGCGCUCAGCCCCGGAGCCCUCAUCGCCCUGCUGGUCUGCAUGCUCAUCCUCAUAGUCCUGGUGCUUCUGAUCCUGACCCUGAAGCGGCACAGGAAGGGUCAGCGCAUGUCUGAGGAUGAGGAGGACAUGCGCGACAACGUCAUCAAGUACAACGACGAAGGCGGGGGCGAGCAGGACACCCAGGCCUAUGACAUGAGCGCCUUGCGGAGCCUCUACGACUUCCCCGAGGUGAAGAGCUCCGAGUCGGGCACCGACCUGCGCUCCCUGCCCCAGUGGAUCCAGAACCGGGUGACGGGGGAUGGAGGGGCCGCCGACUUCUCCCUGUUCAAAGGCUACAUCCGUAAGAAGGUGGAGCAGGCGGACGCCGACCUGUCGGUGCCGCCGUAUGACUCGUUCCAGACGUACGCCUUCGAGGGCAGCAGCUCGCCGGCGCUGUCCCUCAGCUCCAUCCGUACACUGUCCAACACCUCAGAGCAGGACUUCUCCUACCUCAGUGACUGGGGGCCGCGCUUCAGGCAGCUGGCAGGCUACUAUGCGCCUGGACAGGCGGAGGAGGAGGGGUCCUAGCACUGCCCUUCCUUUCUUCCAUUAUUCCUUUCUUUCAAAUUGUCACAGAAGACAAUGUUCUUGUUCCACAGCCCCUAUUGUCCAGUCCUGGAAGUGCCACCACCAACCACUGUCCUCUACCAGUGCUCUCCUGAGAUAAAUCUUGGAAUUCUUGGAUCCCAGUCAGUGGCGAGGGUCUUAAUACAGCACCCCAGACCCUGAAAAAAAGCCACAAAUGGUUUGCUUCGGUUGCUUUUGGGAAAAAAAAAAAGAAAUAUAAAUAAAAGCUCAUGACAAGAAGUGGCAGAGUAGCAAGACAUGCUAGGAGUCGGGCAAAGCUCCAAUAAGCUGGCACCUGUCAGAGCGCUACAGGACAGCCAUGCCGUGCCAUAUGCACAACACUGAACUGUCAUUGUUUCCUUUCUAAGUCGUUUUUUUUUUUUAUUUCUUGUGUGUGCGUGUGUACUUUCCUCGCUCUGUUGGCGGAGACAAACAUGGACUAGUGACUCAGUAGUGAGAUAAAAAAAAAACACACAGAACCGCAGAACCAGGAGGAAAGUCUUCUCUACCAAGCCAAGGCAACCCAACCCAGUUUCCCCAGAGGAGAACAUGUAUUUAUUAAGGAGAAUUAAAAAAAAAAGAUAUUUAUGUAUUUAUUUAUUUCUAUUAAUUUAUUUUAUUUAUUCAAGGGGUCAGAGUACAGAACACAGGAAGGGACGUACAGUAUUUAUAGAAGCCUACUACUGAAGUGCACUGUGUGAAUGGAUGGUGCAUCCAGACUGGGGCAUCAUGCAUUAAAAAAACAGGGGAUUUUGCAUUAAAAAAAAAGGACUUAGUCACCUGAGACACCCUAGAGUGCCACCUGAGCGACUGAGACGUCUGGACCACAGGCUUGAGGAUGAGAACAAAAUAAAAAAGAAGAAAAAAAAAAAGAAAAGAAAAAAAUAAUUUGUAUUUAUUUUUUAGAAACCCUUUUGUAAAAUACAACGCAGCCCUGGGAGAGGGAAGUCCAGUGUGCAAGAGACUGAGCGAAUGGAAACAACAACUAAAAAAAAAAAAAAUCUGUGCCAAUUCAGUCAGAGGAUUGUGUUUUUUUGUCUCGCCAUACAUUUUCAUAUUCUUAUUGUGUUGAUUUUAAAUUGAUUACGAGUUACACGUCACACGUCGUGGGCAGUGACAUGUUUGUUGAGUUUGUUGAAUUUUGAGAUUUGUUUUGAAGUUUCGAGUCGAUUCUGUAUUUUAAAAGUUAACGUGAAAGACAACAAAAGGUACAGGUGAUAACAAAAGACAACAGCAGCCCAUCAUGGCUUUCAGUCUGAAACAAACUUUUUUUUACAUUGCUCUUCAUGUUCAUUCUGGAUUUGUGACGGUAUUGAUUACAUCCUAACUUGGUUUCAAGACCAGCUGAUUUGGUUUGAUUCCGUUUAUUCUGUGGUAUUGGUUAAAGGUGAUUAGUGAGAGUGAUUGGGUUUGAUGGUUUUUGUUUUAGGGCCUGGUUUCACUACAGCAAUCAUAAUAAAAUGCAUCAUUAGAACUGAUUGAAAUCUGGUAACGGUUUCCAGAGACACAUGUGCUGUUUGCUCAUGCUGGAAAAUGUCUGGCAGGGCAGCAGCAUUUCAUUUGUCAAAACACUAAGCCAGUAAUAUGCAAUAUAAUCCAGUGCCAUUCUCAGAUAAACACACACAAUUUAUAGAAUUUAAGUAAUUGAAAUAUUUUUUUUGUUAGUUUGUUUCUGUGUUAGUACAGUGUUAACUAAAUACACUGCCUGGCCAAAAAAAAAAAAAAGAAAGUCUCCACCUGAAUUUAAGUAAGUAAAUGAUGUGGGGUUGAUGCUGCAGUUGGUCUGCAGGUUUAGGUUCAGUAAUAGUAUGUGCUGAAAGAAUGAGGUCAGCUGACUACCUGAAUAUACUGAAUAUAGACCAGGUUAUUCCUUCAAUUUAAUUCAAUUUCUUCCCUGAUGGCACAACCAUAUUCCAAGAUGGCAAUGCCAGGAUUCAUGGUGCUGGAAUUGUGAAAGAGUGAUUCAGGGAGCAUGAGAUCAUCAUUUUCACACAUGGAUUGAGAGAGAGUUCACCACAGAGUCCAGAUCUUAACCUCAUUGAGAAUCUUUGGGAUGUGCUGGAUGGAGAAGAGCUGCUUUGUGCAGUGGUCAGACUCUACCAUCAUCAAUGCUGCUGCAAGAUCUUGGUGAAAAAUUAAUGCAACACUGGAUUGAAAUAAAUCUUGUAACAUUGCAAAAGCUUAUCGAAAUAAUGCUACAGUGAAUGCAUGCAGCAAUUAAAGCUAAAGACGGUCCAAUGAAGUAUUAGAGGGUGUGAUCUUUUUUUUUGUUUGUUUGUUUUAGCCAGGCAGUGUAUUUUGGAGCUGGAUGAAACAAGUGACAGGCAAAUGGGUUUACCAUCUAUACAUCCAAUGAAACCAGGCCUUAAAUCACUGAAACAGACAGAAAACAGAAAUUCUGUCAUCACCUGCAACCAGUACCAGACACCAUUCUAAUGUCAACCCUAACCUGCCAAUGUAUGGAUAAAAUGUACAAUUGAAAUCAAUAAAUAUUUAAGUUUUUUCUA